CCUCAGUGCUGGCUAGCCAGAUGUGUCCAGCUGUUCAAUGCAACUGCACAGAGGUCCAGGGAGAUGGCAGAGAGCACUGCCGGGGACAAGACCUUCAGAGCUCUCUGCACUCAGGGCCUCUGUCUCCUCUCUUCCAGAUUUUCAUGAGCCAAAUGGUAAUCCCAAAGACGUUCCAUAAGGAUGACUUCUGGAAUAACCCCUGGGAUGUGGGGGGCUUGAUAGUGAUUGGCUUAUUCAUCUCCACGGUCCUGUUUUUCAUCAUAUUUGCUAUUGUGUUUACGGUUGUGGAGAAGACUGUGUGUGAAGAGGAGUGACCUGACUCCCCAGGGCCUAGAAGGCAGCAGGGAAGGACGGGCUGACCUGCUUCCCUCGCCAG